UGUGACAGUUUGAAAAUGCAAUGUGUGUGGUGUGUGUUGCAGCUGGGCCGCGCUCACGAGCAGAUCAUCCAGCCGCUGGAGAAGUUCCGCAAGGAGCACAUCGGCGCCGUCAAGGAAGGUAAGAAGAAGUUCGACAAGAAGACCGCCAAGUUCUGCCAGACGCAGGAGCGGACGCUCUCGCUGUCCACCAAGAAGCCAGAGAAUGUCUUCCAGGAGGCGGACGCCGCGAUGGACAUGGCGGAGCGCGACUUCUGCCAGGCGUCGCUGGAGUACGUGUUCCAGCUGCAGGCGGUGCAGGAGCGCAAGAAGUUCGAGCUGGUGGAGACGCUGCUGGGCUUCGUGUUCGGCUGGUGGACCUUCCACCACACCGCGCACGACGUGCACGCCGACGCCGAGCCGCGCGUGCGCGACCUGCAGCUGCGGAUCCAGCGGACGCGGAGCAACUUCGAGGAGACCAGCAAGCAGACCGAGUCGCUCAUGAAGAAGAUGAUGGAGGUCAGGCAGAUGACCAAAGAAGAAGAAGCCGGGGAAGACAGCGGCGGCGUCCCGCGCGCCGGGUACCUGUUCCUAAUGGAAAAAAAGGCAUUUGGCACGACGUGGAGUAAACAGUAUUGUACAUACGAGCGUAGUUCGCGAACGCUAUCGCUUACGCCAUAUAAUCAGAUAAACGUCAAAACGGGCGGCAGCGGCGAGUGCGUGUGCGUGUGCGGCGGACGCGGCUGCGCGGAGCCGCCGGAGCGACGCUUCUGCUGGGAGGCCGUGCCCGCCGAGCGCGAGCGGCCGCCGCUCACGCUGCAGGCGCUGUCCGAGCGCGACCGCGCCGCCUGGCUGCGCGCGCUCGACGGCCCGCCCGCGCCGCACGCCGCGCCCACAGCCAGUGGUAUGUACUCUGUGCUGGAUCUGUGGCUGAUAGAACAUCACUCACUACUCCCUUGUGGAUUAAACCCGCCGGCGGAUACGCCGCGCGUGUUUUGUUUUCGAUUCCCCUGGCCUGCUAUAACUGUGCCUCCCCGCAGGGCGGCGGGCGCGGGGGGCGCGGCGGAGGCGGAGGGCGCGAGCGCGCUGGACGCGGCGGGCUUCGCGUUCGUGCGGCGCGUGGUGGCGGCGCUGGAGGCGCGCGGGCUGGAGGAGCAGGGCCUGUACCGCGUGGCCGGGGUCGCGUCGCGCGUGGCGCGCCUGGUGGCGUCGGCGCGCGAGCCGCGCCCGCCCGCGCUCACCGACGCCGCCGACUGGGAGACGCGCACGCUCACGUCGGCGCUCAAGAGCUACCUGCGCGCGCUGCCCGACCCGCUGCUCACGCGCCAGCUGCACCGCCAGUUCAUCGCCGUGGCCAAGAGCGAGCGGCGCGCGGAGCGGGUGGCGGGGCUGCGGGCGCUGGUGCACGCGCUGCCGCCCGCCAACCGCGACAUGCUGCGCCUCGUGCUCGAGCACCUGCGCAAUGUGGCGGCGAAGAGCGACAAGAACCUGAUGACGCACUCCAACCUGGCCGUGUGCUUCGGGCCCACGCUGCUGCGCGCCGAGCGCGAGACCGUCGCCUCCAUCCUCGAGCUCAAGUUCUACAACGUCAUCGUCGAGACGCUGCUGGAGCACUACCACGAGAUAUUCGAGUCGCCGCCGCCCGCGCCGCCCGCCGCGCCCGCGCAGCCGCCGCCGCCGCCCGUCUACAACGGCAUCAUACGAACCUCACCGACAUCGAUACCCGUGUCUGCCAGAAAUGAUAUCGGCCUGAGCGUAGGCGUGCUGGCGGGCGCGGGCGCGGGCGUGCCGGCGGGCGCGGGCGCGUGCGAGCGCGGCGGCGCGCGCUACUCGCCGCACCACCACCAGCUGCUGCACCACUUCGCGCCCACGCCAGGCGUCGGCAGAUCGAGCAGCAGUUCCGCCGAGUCGGUGUCGAGCCACAGCGCCUCCCCGCCGCCCGCGCUCCUGGCGCGACCGCAGCAACAUUUCGGACGAUACACGCGCGUGCGCACGCUGUACGCGUGCCUGGGCGAGAGCGACGGCGAGCUGUCGUUCGAGCCCAACCAGAUCGUGACCAACGUGGCGCCGUCGGGCGAGCCGGGCUGGCUGCGCGGCACGCUCAACGGCAAGACGGGGCUCGUGCCCGAGAACUACGUCGAGCCGCUGCCCUAGCCACCCCACCCCGGCCCUUCCCUGUUGUUGUUUAUUACCACUUACUAUUUGUAUAUUUUGUACAUUGUAAAUAAGAGUCUGUUGAUAUUUCUAUUUAUAUUAUACUUAUGUUGUGAAUUUUGUACCAAAUAUACUAUAAUGUAUUAAUCCGCUCGUGGAUUAGUGAUUAAAAAAAUAUAUUAGAA